AUGGACGACUUCCUCCAAACUGAGUUUCAGUGGGUGAAGUCUUGGUGGAAGGACAAUAAGCCAGGUAGUGGGACAGGCUUUCAUGUUGGUGGUGGGCCUAUUGAAGUUGGCAAGGAGAAAAGUACUAUCCAAAGAGAACAAUGGUUUGAAACUCAGCCACUGGACGCUUCCGCAAUCAAUCGGAUCGACACUCUGCAACUCGUUACCAAGUCCGCAGCCAAAAGCCUUAGUACCGAGAAGCCGGAUGGUCUGUGGACUUGGUUUGAGCUGAGGGUUCGUGGAAAACACGACAAACAUCACAGAAAGCUUCCAAACGGACAGUCUUUAGCUUGGUUCAGUCACUCCAAUCCUUUUGGAGAUGAUAAAUGUGAAUGGCGCCGGGGUCAAAUAUUUACGAAGAAAGAUGCUGUUCUUGAACACCUGAAGGAUGGUGAUAGUAUCUCGGUCUGGGUAGCGGCUUGUUCUGCAUACACCAACAGUGUAGAUGAGGGAUACCUGCUUCUUGGAUCCAGGAUCCUACCUGACGCCCACCAGAAGAUCAACUUUGACAACUCGCAAUCCCAAAUUCCCGAAAUUCACGUCUAUGGCCAGAAGCGGCAAGAAUGUCUCAUGUUCCCAACCGAUGGUCCGUCAUCUCAGAUGGAAGUCGUGAUGGUCGACAGUAGUGUUGACCUGCUCGUCCGGCUCCUCAGCCAGAACGAAAACGACUGGACCGUGAAAGGGCCACCUGCACAAGACAAUAAUUUUAUUGGAUUGCAUUCAGUCAUGCAACUUGACAAGAUUGAAGGCAAAGACAAGAAAGUAUUCUUUCAAGUUUCCAAACAGAUUGCUGUCGCGCAAAAGCGAACGGUGGAUAGUCACAGUCCACUAGCAGCCCUGGCCACCUCGACUGACCCAAGAGUCAUGGUCUGGGAUGAUUGCCAAGCUGGGAAGACAGUUGGCUUAGCACAAGAAGUUGAGUCCAAUGCAAAGGUGCUUAUCUAUCAGAUGCAUGCACCACUUUCUGAAGGAGGCUACUGGGAAAAGGCCAAGGCUCUCGCCAUCAAAAACACUUUCCCCGUUUUCGUCGUUAUCGACAUAGACGAUCUUCGCGAUCGCGGAUUCCGCAUUUCUCGUGGUAUAUCGUGGGAUAAGACAAUGGAAGACUUUCAGCAUAGUGCUAACGCUAUUAUCGCUGAUCUGUUGCUCCCAUGCAAUAUACACUUGAUUGUCCGCUUCGGCUAUGAAGGUGUUGCUUGGGUGCAACCAGGAUCUAUAGCUGCAAAAGAGGUCGAAAAGGCUGCUGCCAAAGCUCAGGAAGAUGCAGAAAAUAGUGAAAAGGCAAAAAAAGCACAACAAACCAAAGAGGAAUCUCAAAGGGCGGCAGAGGAAGCUCGAAAGGCCAAGGUGGAGGCACAAGAAGCGGUAAAGAAAGCUCAAGCGGCGAAGGAAGCUGGAGACUCUGGAGGGACAAAUCAUCUGGAAAAGGAAGCCCAAACCGCCAAACACAAUUACGCCACGAAGAACGCUGAUGCCGCACAGAAAGCUCGGGCAGCAAGGCAAGCUCAGGAUGAAAGUGAAGCUCAAGCCGCAGAGGAUGCCAAAGCCGUGAGGAAAAGUAUUGCCGAACUUCCUGAUAAAGCUCGAUUUAUCAGUCACCUUGUUCCAGACAUGACAGAAGAUGAUCUUCUCGGGCGUCACAACGGACGUAUGCCAGGCAUUGAAAUGGCAUUUGUCGCCGGGCUAGCAGCAUUCUUGGUCACAGAACCGGAUGGGUCCCUCGAGAAUCUGGGUCCUACACAGGUGGGCGGGGCUGUGGAGCGAGCAAUUAUUUGGUCACAUCGAUUUGCAUCUGCUGGGUUCUGCAAAGAUUCCAGCGGUGUCUUGAACUAUCCCGAGGCCAGGAGCAUCAACAACGACCAGAUUGCUAAGCCUAAAGUCAUUUACGCCGAUAGCUGUGGGUCCAAGGAUGGCAAGUGGUCUCUCUUCAACCAAAUAGAGGGCUGGCAGAUGGAGGUUGCUGUGGAGACAGUCAAGACAGGAACUACACUCAUAGAAAAUACCGUUCCUACUGCUCGAUACGGCGAUUUAAAGACAGCAGACCGAGUGGAGAUUGAGGGUUUCCGAUCUACGGCUGCUGUGAUCCAUGAGUAUCUCCAUGGUAAAGCAUCAAGGCCAUUGUCGAUUGCAGUGUUUGGUCAGCCAGGUGCCGGAAAGUCCUUCGGAGUGAAGGAAGUCAUCAAGACCGUUCUCAGCAGCUUUGGCAAGGGUCUCAAGAAGGACUGGAAGCCAAUCGAGGCUAAUCUUUCUCAGUUCAAGGAUCAGUCGGACUUGUCAGGCAUCUUUGACGACGUCAGAGAUAUGAUCAUAUCCGGUGAUAUUCCAGCGGUGCUUUUUGACGAGUUUGAUUCUGCCUUAGACAAGCAGGCACUCGGCUGGUUAAAGUAUUUCUUGGCUCCUAUGCAGGACGGGAAAUAUCUUCAAUCCGGCUCUGUGCGAUCUUUGGGGCGAGCCAUUUUUGUUUUCAUAGGCGGAACAUCAAGCACCUUUGAGGACUUCACCGGAGAGAGCAUCAACAGUAAGAAGUAUGACGAAAGUCAGAGUCAAACCAAUGACGCACAGAGUUUGCAGAAACAAAAACGGGCAAUUAAAGACAGAGAAGCCAAGAAGCCCGACUUUGUAAGCAGACUCAGCGCCCACAUCAAUGUUGCAGGCCCAAACAAGAGCGGCAACGACAAGGGUGACAAAAUGUGGGUUAUGCGACGAGCGAUGCUACUGCGAAGCAUGCUAGAGAGACGUCUCGGGACCAAGGAUAAAGCUGAUAAGUCCAUCAGCGUGGACGAGACUCUUCUUACGGCGCUAUUGAAGCAUAAGAAGAUUCCUCAUGGCAGUCGUUCAAUGGAGCUUCUAUUACAGAUGAGCAGGCUUUCCGAAGGGCAGAAAUUUGACCUUUCCGCAUUACCAUCAAACAACCAACUCGGCAUGCAUGUGGAGCUUGGAGAGUUCCAGGGUGAUUUGACAACGCCAUGUUUCGAGCAAGAUUUUCGUCCCAUUGAUACGGUGCUCUACAACAGGCAGAUGUGGUGUACCUGGGAGGCGAAAGAGAAUGCAGCAAAAGGUAAAGCCCAGCCUAUGGCGUCUGGCGAGACAUCUGCGCCUCAGGGAAAAGAACAGUUAGAUGCUAGUGGGGAAGAAUCCGGUGUAGGCCAAUCUGUUAUAAACCUUGAUGCAUAA